UUCUUGGACCAACUGCUCGGGUCAACUUGUCGUCAAACGUGCGCCGUGUUUGCUCGGUGGCUCGUGGCGCAGCUGAGUUUCAGUCGGCGAGGGGAGGAAAAGUUUUCAGCCCAGGAAUUCCGUAGUUCUCCUUCCUCCAUUUUGAACUUUUAAACUCCGGGGUUUAGUAGCGGACUGUUGUCGACACAAUGACGACCAUCAACACAGCAAACAUCAACUUUAAAUGGGAUCCAAAGAGUCUGGAGAUCCGCACUCUUGCAGUGGAGAGGCUGCUUGAGCCCCUGGUCACCCAGGUAACCACUUUGGUAAACUCCAGCAACAAAGGUCCAUCUAACAAGAAGAAGGGACGCUCAAAGAAGGCUCAUGUUUUGGCUGCUUCAGUGGAAAAUGCUACCGAGAACUUCCUGGAGAAAGGAGAAAAGAUUGCAAAGGAAAGUCAGUUCCUCAAGGAUGAGCUGACUGCAGCUGUGGAAGAUGUCCGCAAGCAAGGUGACUCCAUGCGCCAGUCUUCUGGAGAAUUUGCAGAAGACCCCUGCUCUUCUGUGAAGAGGGGUAAUAUGGUUCGUGCUGCCAGAGCCCUCCUGUCAGCAGUCACACAUCUGUUGGUGCUGGCUGACAUGUCUGAUGUCUACAAACUUCUACUGCAACUGAAACUGGUGGAGGACAGUCUGGUGAAAGUGCGUAAUGCAGGAACAGAACAGGACCUGGGAAUUCAAUAUAAAGCCUUGAAGCCAGAGGUGGACAAGCUGAAUAUGAUGGCUGCCAAGAGACAACAGGAACUAAAGGAUGUCCAGCACAAAGACCAAAUGGCUGCUGCUCGUGGGAUUCUCCAGAGGAACAUCCCCAUGCUGUACACAGCAUCCCGUGCCUGCCUCCAGCACCCCGACGUGGCAGCCUACAAGGCUAACCGUGACCUCAUCUACAAACAGCUGCAGCAUGCAGUCUCUGGAAUCUCCAACGCCGCCCAGGCCACCGCAUCUGAGGACUCUGCACUCAAUCAUCCAGCAGGGGGAGGAGAACUUGCCUAUGCCCUCAACAAUUUUGAUAAACAAAUCAUCGUGGACCCUCUGGCGUUUAGUGAGGAGCGUUUCCGUCCCUCCCUGGAGGAGCGCCUUGAGAGCAUUAUCAGUGGUGCUGCCCUCAUGGCCGACUCAUCUUGCACACGUGAUGACCGCAGAGAGCGUAUCGUGGCCGAAUGCAAUUCUGUGCGCCAGGCUCUUCAGGACCUUCUGUCCGAGUAUAUGGGCAACGCUGGAAGGAAGGACAGGAGUGAUGCUCUUAACACGGCCAUCGACAGGAUGACAAAGAAAACCAGAGACCUUCGCAGACAGCUGCGUAAAGCUGUAAUGGACCAUGUCUCCGACUCCUUUUUGGAGACUAAUGUUCCCCUUUUGGUCCUGAUCGAAGCUGCGAAGAACGGCAACGAGAAAGAAGUCAAGGAAUAUGCCCAGGUGUUCCGCGAGCAUGCCAACAAACUGAUCGAGGUUGCCAACCUGGCAUGCUCCAUCUCAAACAAUGAGGAAGGAGUGAAACUGGUUCGCAUGGCAGCAUCUCAACUGGAAACUCUAUGCCCACAGGUGAUUAAUGCAGCGUUAGCCCUUGCUGCGAAGCCAAACAGUAAGGUGGCCCAGGACAAUAUGGAUUUGUUCAAGGAGCAGUGGGAGAAGCAGGUUCGCGUCCUCACUGAUGCUGUUGAUGACAUAACAUCCAUUGACGACUUCCUUUGUGUGUCUGAGAACCACAUCCUGGAGGAUGUGAACAAGUGUGUCAUCGCUCUGCAGGAGAAAGAUGUUGAUGGGUUGGAUCGCACUGCCGGGGCGAUUCGAGGACGAGCUGCAAGAGUCGUCCAUGUGGUCACUUGUGAAAUGGACAAUUAUGAACCUGGAAUCUACACAGAGAAAGUGUUGGAGGCCACCAAGCUCCUCACUAACCAAGUCAUGCCACGGUUCACCGAGCAAGUGGAGUCUGCGGUGGAGGCCUUGAGUUCAAAUCCUUCACAACCUGUGGACGAGAACGAGUUCAUCGACGCAUCCCGUCUGGUAUAUGAUGGCAUUCGCGACAUCCGCAAGGCUGUCCUCAUGAUCCGAACUCCAGAGGAGUUGGACGACUCCGACUUCGAGACUGAGGACUUUGAUGUUCGCAGCAGGACCAGCGUGCAGACAGAGGAUGACCAGUGUAUUGCUGGCCAGAGUGCACGGGCUAUCAUGGCCCAGUUGCCCCAGGAGCAGAGGGCGAUUAUUGCAGAACAAGUGGCUAGCUUCCAAGAAGAGAAGAGCAAGCUGGAUGCUGAGGUAUCCAAGUGGGAUGACAGCGGCAAUGACAUCAUUGUGUUGGCCAAGCAGAUGUGCAUGAUCAUGAUGGAGAUGACAGACUUCACCAGAGGAAAAGGGCCACUGAAGAAUACGUCUGAUGUCAUCAGCGCUGCCAAAAAAAUCGCGGAGGCAGGAUCAAGGAUGGACAAGCUGGGCCGCACCAUUGCUGACAAUUGCCCCGACUCUACCUGCAAGCAGGACCUGCUGGCCUACCUGCAGCGUAUCGCCCUGUACUGUCACCAGCUCAACAUCUGCAGCAAAGUCAAGGCCGAGGUUCAGAACCUGGGAGGAGAGAUGGUGGUGUCGGGGCUGGACAGCGCCAUGUCUCUCAUCCAGGCUGCAAAGAACCUGAUGAACACUGUGGUGUCCACCGUCAAGGCCUCCUACGUGGCAUCCACUAAGUACCAGAAGAGCAAAGGCAUGGAGUCCCUCAACAUGCCGGCCAUCUCCUGGAGGAUGAAAGCUCCUGAGAAGAAGCCUCUGGUGAAGAGAGAGAAGCAGGAUGACCAGUCCAACAGAGUCAAGAGAUCCUCGCAAAAGAAGCACAUCAACCCUGUGCAGGCUCUGAGCGAGUUCAAAGCCAUGGACAGCAUCUAGACGCGUCUGCGUUUGAUUCCAGACAGAAAAAUAUUGACCGUUUAUAUAGAGAUCGAGCUCGUCGUUCUUUCAAAGAGAAAAAAAAAAGUUUCAACAUAUUUGUUCUAUCUUCCUAUAGACGGCUUGUUUGUUUGACCAAUUAUAUUCCUACACGGCCUAAUUUCUCUUCCAUAAGUUCAGAUGUGCUCUAGCCUGUAGUAUUAACUGUCUCUUAUCUGGAAAAUACAGUCAGAGGGAAAUCAACUGGACAAAAGCAUUUUUUUUUUUUUAUAUUUUUCCUUUUCCUCUCAAGUUAAGGAGGAAAGGGUGUUGAUUUCAUAGAUGUUAUACAAAUUUAUUCCAGGAGGCAUUUAAUUGUUGUGUUCUAACCAGUUUUAAAGUAAUACUAUGGGGUCUCUGGUGUUUUACGAUGUAAUGUUUGAUAAAGGCAAAAAUACCCUCUGAACUGCAGAUGUCAACUAUGCAAAAUCUCAACUGCCUUAUUGUAGUUCACAUGGAUGUGCUGGGUUAACUAAUAGAUAUAAUUAUGUUAUGGUUCAGCCUGAAAGAACCAAAGUCAAUCUAUUUCCACGUAACCCUACAUUUCUCUAAUUGUAAACAUUGUUAUGCUACUAUAAACAGUGAAAUACGUUUAAACAGAUUUAUAAACACUGUUUUCAAACUCCUGAUUUAUACACAGCCUGUUAACAUUCGGACUGACCAUGUCAUUUUUUUUUUAUUUAAUCAUACAUUCAUUUUUUUUUUUAAAGUUAUUUUUAUGUUCACAUGAUGCAGUAAACCAAAGGUCUUCUCAGGCUUCUGUUUUGCUACAGGACUGGUACAUGUCCCCUAUCGUAAACUUGGGGUACACAGAUCUACGCAGUCCAAACUUUGUAAAGAAGCCUCGACGCUGCUCAGUCAAGGAGAACCCAGUGGACUAAACUAGGACUCGACCACCUGCUGGUCCUCUCCACAGCAGAUGAGCUUCAUUAAAUGUCAAUGAGACCAAACACUUUCCACAAUCGCCGAAUGAGACCAGCUUGAGGGAUCAAUAUGUUUUGUCUACACAGUUUGGAGGUAUUUGAGGAACAUGGGAUUUCCGUGACUUUGAAGUCUCCUUGUUAGUCUUCUUAUUCUUACUGUUAAACUCUAAUCAACAUUUUGUUAUGCUGAGCAUAAUCUUAAAAAAAAAAAAAAAAACUAGAAACAAGUUGCGAGGUGCUGGAGCUUUAAAAUAAACCAGGAUGACGUUUUUCUGUACUUCAGGCAGCAGCUGUGGGGUGGUCACUGUGCUGCUUGUUCUCCAGUCGUACAGAUUUCUGCUGCGUUGGUGAAAAGCGAGGCUCUGGAAUCCUGCUGCUUUGGACGUGGGGCCAAAUCUUUUGUUUGGCUCGUUUGACAUCUGUGAACUGUAGCAGGGUGAGCAGGUAUAUGGUGAUUCGAUGGGUUGAUUUUUAUAUACGGUAGAACUUCCAGUAUGUUUAUCCUCAAAGUUUGUUUUCCUAAUGCUGUAUUAGAGUUUAGAUUUCAAUCUGGAGUGACAUCAAACUACUUUGCUGUGGAUUUAUUUUUUUUGUUUGUUCUUGAGAGCUGACUUAUUAUUGCACACGUUUCUCAAAUUCAUGUGCCCGCUUUAUACCCUAAUAAACAAUUGAAAUUAAA